UGCAUCAAACCCCGUGGACCAGAAGUCCAUUUAUACAGUGAAUAUAGAAUUAGGUUGUAUCGUCCAAACAACACAGUCCCAAGGGCCACGAAAUCAGCGGUGGCAGGGUCCGGAGAAGCCAGGGUACCUCACUCCCUGCUAAGACCCAAGGCAUAGCUAACUGGCUCAGCUUCCGGGCGGGCUGCGGGACGGCGCAGACGCACUGGUUCCGCUUCGCCCACCAAUCUCGACCCUCGACGCGUUCCGUUCGUGCGUGGAGGAGCCAAGCGGGAGGCGAGGCCGCUCUGUGGUUAGGGGCUGCGGCGCACCGAGCGGCUGGGCCCAGCGACGGCGCGAUGGAGGACUCGCAGUUGUUUUGCGUGGCUGAGGAGCGAAGCGGUCACUGCGCGGUGGUGGACGGAAACUUCCUCUACGUGUGGGGGGGCUACGUGUCUAUUGAAGACAAUGAAGUAUAUUUGCCUAAUGAUGAAAUUUGGACCUAUGAUAUUGAUAGUGGGUUGUGGACAAUGCACCUCAUGGAAGGAGAACUCCCUACCUCCAUGUCGGGAAGUUGUGGCGCUUGCCUUAAUGGAAAGCUGUACGUUUUUGGAGGAUAUGAUGACAAAGGAUACAGCAAUCGACUUUAUUUUGUUAAUUUGAGAACAAGAGAUGGAACCUACAUUUGGGAAAAAAUUACCAACUUUGAAGGAAAACCACCCACACCACGUGAUAAACUUUCAUGCUGGGUAUAUAAAAACAGAUUAAUAUAUUUCGGUGGCUAUGGGUGUAGGCGACACAAUGAACUCCAAGACUGUUUUGAUGUUCAUGAUGCAUCUUGGGAAGAGCAGAUAUUCUGGGGAUGGCAUAAUGAUGUUCACGUAUUUGACACAAUGACGCAGAGUUGGUUCCAACCAGAAAUUAAAGGUGGAGUUCCUCCACAACCACGAGCCGCGCAUACGUGUGCAGUUCUUGGAAAUAAGGGCUAUAUCUUUGGCGGACGUGUUUUGCAAACUAGGAUGAAUGAUUUGCACUAUCUAAACUUAGACACCUGGACUUGGUCUGGAAGGGUUCCUAUUACUGGAGAGAGCCCCAAACAUCGGUCCUGGCAUACUUUAACACCAAUAGCUGAUGAUAAGCUUUUCUUGUUUGGUGGACUAAGUGCGGACAAUAUUCCAUUAAGUGAUGGUUGGAUUCACAAUGUCAUAACAAAUCAUUGGAAACAACUUACAUAUUUACCUAAAACAAGACCCAGGUUAUGGCACACAGCCUGUUUGGGAAAAGAAAAUGAAAUAAUGGUAUUUGGUGGGAGCAAAGAUGAUUUACUUUCCUUGGAUACAGGUCACUGUAAUGAUUUAUUGAUAUUUCAAACACAGCCUUAUUCACUACUCAGGUCUUGCCUUGACUGCAUUGGUAAAAAUGCUGUAAUUUUAGAAAAUCAAAUAUCUUUAUUACCUCCUAAACUUCUGCAACAAGUACUCAAAAAGAUAACAUUUUGGACUGCAGCCAACCACCGAGAAGAACAAAGAGCCCAAAAAGAAGAAACAGAAAAUAAAUAUCAGUGGAUCAGCAGCAAUUAAGUUGUUAUGUAUGCUAUAUAUUUAAUAUGUUUAAACAUUUUAAUCAGACUGUAUAUUUACCCCCACACCCCCAACCCGUGAAAUUGGAGGCUUUAUUUAGAAGAUAACAUUUGAAACCAAAAUGCUAUGUUAAAGUGACUCACGGCAUGGGAUAUAUAGGAAUGAGAUGUGAAUGGCAGAUUAAUUUAUAUUUGUAAAAUUAUUUCCUUAUCGGCUGCAGAAAAAAUAUACUUUCUGAAAGUAAGUACAAUUGUAAGAGAUGUUAACUCACUGUAUACUCAUUAUUGGAAAGAUUAUACAAAUUUGAGGAGAAUAUAAAUUAUCCAAGGACAAUAGAAAUCCCUCAAACUAAUGAUAAAUAGAUAAAAACACUACGUAUCAACUUUCAGAAAGAAUAGAUUUUUCUCAAGUCACUUUAAAAUUAUCGAAAGCUUCUCAUUAAAUAACUCGGUGACUGAAAUAACAUCUCCUUAAAUAACUAAUACAGCAGGCCAAAAUUAUAAAAUAGGCAAGCACUGGUAUGGUAUUAAAUGUUGAACACCUACCCUUUUACCACUCACCUAGUAAAGUAUUCUUAAGCAUCAUCAUAACUUUUCUUUUUCUUUCAUAACACUUUCAUCAAAUGUUUAUUUGAGCAGGGGAAUAAAUGUCUUCAAUUGGUUUCCAUUACCCCUGAGUUAUUAGUUUGUCUAAUCAUAUAUAUAUAUAUAUAUAUAUAUAUAUAUAUAUAAAGACCAUAUUGUAAAGUUUCUAAAGUGGGGAUUUAUCAUACAGGCUUUGGAAUAUUGAGAAGCAGUAUAUUUAUUAACUUUUGAGACAGAUUAAAAUACAUUUUUGCCUUGGAAGAGUGCUUCUAAAGUAAUUUUUGUAAAUAAUGAAAUGGGAUAGCAACCUAGUAAUUUGCCUUUAUAGAAACCCCUCAAUUUGGCCUACACCAUACUACAGAGUUGAUGUUCAAGGAUAUUGAAAAUAUGUUAUCUUCCCAUUUAUUUUCAGUAUUAGCUGCCUAUACAGAAAUGGAACACUAUAUUUAUCUUUUUAUUCCUUAAAAUAGUGCUGUUGCCAUAAUUCAAAAAUUGUACAUAUUAUCCCAGUCAUACCCUUUCCUUAAAAAGCUUGGUAUAUAGAAUUAUUCUCCAUAAUACCACCUGUAAGUUAUCUCUGAAAUUUAAAAUGUUAGAGGAAAUAUAUUUCUAUAUUGAAAUAUAUGUGUAAUUUAUAAUGAAAAUUAUAGUAGUUUGUAGUUUCAUUAAAUUUUAGAGAUAUAUUUUGUAUAUGUAUUGUAUUUUGGAUGUGUAAAUCUUCUAUUUAUGUAUUGAAACAUUUUAUUUAUUAUACAAACUGUAGAUUUACUAUUUUCCUAGUUUUGUUAGUGUGAACCAGUCAUUAGAAUUGAUUGUACAAACAUUUCAGUGUAAGUUUUCGUUUUUUCUUACUAUUUUAAGCUGGAUAACAGAUUGAGAAAAUGAAUUUCACAAGUAAUAUACAUCUUAGAAGUAAUUAUU